UUUCCCUUGUAGCCAACAAUAACAAAGCAUAAGGCACAGACUGACUACGGCUCAUUUCAUUUUUACUAAAAUGAUGUUGCUUGAAAAACGCCACGUUGUCUUGUAGCUAACCGCCCGGUCAUGGCUCAGUUGACCGAACACGAACGUCGACCGUCGGACUGUUUUUCAUGACUCCACACUCUUUUAUUGUACUAGAGGAGCUGAGAACAAGAUGCUGCUGAAGAUGCCACAGAAGCUGCUGAAGACAGCCCACUACAUUGAGCUGGGCAGCUACCAGCACUGGCCGGUGCUGAUACCUCAGAGGAUAAGGCUGUACACGUACGAACAAAUCCCCCUCUUCCUCAAAGAAAACCCCUAUAUCACAGAUGGUUACAGGGCUCACCUGCCCUCCAAACUCUGUCUGAAGAGUAUUUUUAUUCUAUCAAAUGAGACGGUGAACAUCUGGAGCCACCUGCUUGGCUUCCUCCUCUUCUUUGGUCUGGGCGUCAACGACCUCUCCUCCAUACUGCCAGCGUCCGGAGCAAACAGAGAGGACUAUGUCAUCUACGCUAUAGGGCUAUUCUGCUUCCAGGUGUGCAUGCUGUGUUCAGUGGGGUAUCACCUGUUUUCAUGCCACCGAUCAGAGAAGACGUGCCGUCGCUGGCUGGCAUUGGACUAUGCCGGCAUCUCUGUUGGUAUCUUGGGCUGCUAUGUCCCUGGAAUCUUCUACGCGUUCUACUGUAAUGCCUUUUGGCGACAGGUCUACCUGCUGACAGUUCUCUCGCUGAUCCUGGCCGUCUUCUGCGCUCAGGUGCACCCGCGUUACCUCAGCAACGACUGGCGACGCAUACGAAUGGCAAUCUUCUUUUGUGUAGCUGGCAUCAGUGUGAUUCCUGCCUGUCACUGGGUCUGGCUCAAUGGUGGAUUCACCCCUGAUGUAGUACAGCUCUUCCUGCCUCGGGUGAUAGUGAUGUACCUGAUUGCUGGGUCUGCCUUCCUGUUCUACGCCACCAAAAUUCCUGAACGCUACUUUCCUGGCCAGCUGAACUAUGUGGGUGCCAGCCACCAGGUGUGGCACAUACUCGUGGUUUUGAUGUUUUACUGGUGGCACCAAACUGCCGUGCACAUCAUGCACUUCAGGCACACUCAGGCCUGCCCGGGCCGCACCAGCAGAAGCUAAGUCAAACUGUUCAAAUAACACUGUUUAAAAUGUUUAUCGACGAUGAUGAAUAGAUGAACAACACAUUAAAAGAACAAUAACAAUGUUAAUAUUUCCAAACCUUCAAACCAGCUCACGUACUUUUGUUUAUGAGUUACUACUUAAAAGGUAUGUCAACCACUAACUACCAGUUGUUCCCGACUGUUCGCUGUGAAUGGUCAGACAGCACUGAGUAGCUGUUCGCUUUCUCUGAGCCACUGUGGCCGGGCCAGCUGUUUUUAAAUGAUUCUCUAAUGACAGAUAUCAAUAAAAAGUGGCUUUGUUUAUACUGAGAAAAGAGCAAUAGACCUGUCUACCUAUUAGGGAUGGGCUUUUCAUGCAAAAUGUUGUUCAAAGUUUCAGCCAAACCUGUAGGACAGACUUUAAGUUAUGUUUUAACAUCAAACGUAAUUUUGUCGGAGGUACAUUCUCCACUCCAAAGAGAACAAACAACAAAAAUGAAAGGAGCUGCUUCAAGAUGCAUUCAAGUAACAUUGUAAAUAUCAUCCCUUCUGCAAACACACAUGCAGUCCACGAACAUGUUCUUCAAUUCUGUAUCUUUAAUUUAUUCCCGAAAACUCUUAAACAAUAAGUGAAUAUUUAUGCUCAUCUCUACUACGUUUGCUGGUCUGUUGGCUCGUAGUCAGAAAACCUACUGUAAGGUCAUGACUUUAAUUAAAGAGAGUGAACAAAGAAGAAUCCACCUGAAUGUGCAGAAAAUACUGCAUGCAAGCACUGGUGUCGCAUCAUAACUGUUAGUUGAACGCAUGAAUCAGGAAUUUUUAAUCAUAUAUACAAACAAACUUUGAGCUUUGAGGCUUUUAUUGAUAGUCAUUUUUUCUUGGUUUGUUUUCAUUGUGAUUUUUUGUUUUGUUUUUUAACAUCUGAAAUAAUCAGGGCCUGUGUGAUUUAGGGUGUUUAUCAUUCUUUUCUGAAAAUGUAAGGAAAAUUUGACUCAAUCUUCCAUAAGGAUAUCAAAUAAAUCCCAAUUGUUUAAGGAUUUCGACCCUAAAUAAUUAAAAGCACAGAACAGAAUUUAUGUAUUUAUUUAUUCAUUCAUUCAUUCAUUUAUUUUAAAACAUUUGAACAAAUAAUCAACGGUAAUGUUUUUGGUAUAAAGUAAUUAAGAUACCUCAACAAAUAAACAUACAAUCAGCUCAGCAAAGAACAAAUGUGAAUAUUACUUGAAAAUUAAGGGUUGUUGGGGAUUUAUUCUGUAUGAAACUUUUCACACUGAGUGGCAGUCUGGGUGAAAACUGUAUGAAAAUGAUAACCUACUUGAUACUUUUAUUAAAUUAAGAGCUAUGUUACAUGGUUUUGGAAUAAAGAUAAAUAUUUUUCUGUAGUAAACAGUGAGGCAAUAAUAUUACUGUUUAUUUCUGCAUUAAUGCACCCAUGGAUGUACGUCUUUUGCCUUAUUUUGUCUUGAUUUUUGAACUGUUCAUGCACACUCACUGUUACAAUUCAUUUUGUUUUGACUUGAACAUAAACCAGAACAAAUAUGAUGGAAAUCUGCUGUUUCAAAAUAAGGUCAGUGUUUUUUUGUAUUUUAAUGAGCCAUGCAUUUAAGAUGACACCUGCAGAGCUGGAAAAAAACACAUUACGGGUGUUAAAGUGACUUUAAAUGGCCUUUUUUUUCUCCUGUGUGAUUUUCUUAUUGAACUAAUGGCUUGAACGUUUUUCCAUGAAUGUACCUGUGAUUGUUUUUAUCCCAUGUUUUUUGCUUGUUUGUGUGUACAGCACUGACUCACAAUAUGUGUAAUAUCUAUUUCAGUGCCUCUGUGAAAAUAUAUUUUUUAAUAUUUUAACUGAAUAAAGAAUGCUGGGAAAUGA